AUGGCUGAGCGGAAUUCCGCGGGGUUACUGAUGAUGCUGGAGCCCAUGACCCUGCCCGUGGAGGUGCGGGAGAAGCUGGCGGAGCUGGAGCUGGAGCUCUCCGAGGGGGACAUCACUCAGAAGGGCUAUGAGAAGAAGCGGGCAAAGCUGCUAGCUCCCUACAUCCCACACAUCCAAGGUGUAGAUCCCUCUCUGCAGAUUGACGGUCGAGUGCAGUCAUUUCUGGCUGCUCCUGUUGCCUCCCAGCGGAACAAACCCCAUGCUGCCGACUCCCGGGAUGAGCGCUUCCGAUCCGACCUCCACACUGAAGCUGUGCACGCAGCCUUGGCCAGGUACAGAGAGAGGAGGAUGCCCAUGCCGUCCAAACGGCGCUCUGUGCUAGAGCAGUCCUCUGUGGAGACAUGCACCCCCCCAGACACCUCCUCGGCUUCGGAGGACGAGGGCUCUCUGCGUCCCCACCCCAGCGUGGAGCACUGGUUUAACAGAGUGAUCCAGGGCUCCUCCACCUCAUCCUCCGCUUCCUCCACCUCAUCCCACCCGGGAGUGAGGCCCCACACCGCCGUCCCCGCCACGCUGGCCGACCUCAUGGCACAUACGCAGCUCGAUAACCACUCCUUGCCCCCUGACGUGACGGGCCUGUCGGAGCGCCCCCUGGCGGUGUCAGUGAGAGGCGUUCCUCGGGGGUACAGCCAGAGCAGCACGCUGGAGACCGCAGACGGUGUUCCGGUGAGCAGUCGUGUUUCCUGUAAGAUCCAGCAGCUGUUGAACACUCUGAAGAGGCCCAAGCGGCCGCCGCUGAGAGAGUUCUUCGUGGAUGACUUCGAGGAGAUGAUGGAAGUCCAGCAGCCCGACCCGAACCAGCCCAAACCCAAGGGGGUGCAGAUGUGCCCGCUGACUGGCGAGCCGCUGGGGGUGGGCGCUAACUGCCCCCCCUCCUUGCUGGCCUCACUGCAGCGCUGGGGCACCACCCAGCCCAAGAGCCCCGCCCUCACCGCACUGGACAACACCAGCAAGCCCGUCUACACCCUCACCUACGGGAAGCUGUGGACGAGGUGUGUGAAACUGGCUUUUACUCUGCUGAACAAACUGAGCUCAAGGAAUGAGCCCCUGCUGCGGCCGGGGGACAGAGUUGCACUGGUGUUCCCCAACAACGAGCCUGUGAUGUUCAUGGUGGCGUUCUACGGGUGUCUGCUGGCCGAGCUGGUGCCUGUGCCCAUCGAGGUGCCGCUCACACGCAAGGAUGCAGGAAGUCAGCAGAUCGGCUUCCUGCUGGGCAGCUGCGGGGUGAAACUGGCUCUGACCACAGACGCCUGUCAGAAGGGGCUGCCCAAGGCACAGACCGGAGAGGUCGCCAGCUUUAAAGGCUGGCCUCGGUUGCUGUGGUUUGUGACGGACGGGAAGCACGUGGUGAAGCCGCCGAAAGACUGGCACCCGCUGAUCCGCGACGCGAGUGAGGAGAUCGCCUACAUCGAGUACAAGACCAGCAAAGAGGGCAGCACCAUGGGCGUCACAGUGUCACACUCCGCCAUGCUGACACACUGCCACGCCCUCACGCAGGCCUGUGGCUACGCAGAGGGUGAGACCAUCACUAAUGUUCUGGACUUCAAGAGGGAUGCUGGUCUAUGGCAUGGGGUUCUUACAAGUGUGAUGAACAGGAUGCAUGUGAUCAGCAUCCCCUACUCCCUGAUGAAGGUCAACCCCCUGUCCUGGAUUCAGAAGGUGCACACUUACACAGCAACGGUGGCGGUGGUGAAGUCCCGGGACAUGCACUGGUCCCUGCUGACGCAGAGAGAGCAGCGGGACGUCAGUCUGAGUUCUCUGCGCAUGCUGAUCGUAGCUGACGGAGCCAGUCCCUGGUCGAUAUCCUCCUGUGAUGCCUUCCUGAACGUGUUCCAGGCGCGAGGGCUGAGGCCGGAGGUGAUCUGUCCCAGCGCCAGCUCUGCUGAGGCCAUGACUGUCGCCAUCCGCAGGCCUCCAGAGAUGGGUGUGCCCCCCCCAGGGAAGGCGGUGCUGUCUAUGAGUGGUCUGAGUUACAGUGUGAUCAGGGUGGACACUGAGGAGAAGCUGUCUGUGCUGACACUGCAGGAUGUGGGACAGGCCAUGCCGGGCGCGCUGGUGUGUGUGGUGCGGGCGGAGGGGCCGCCGUGUCUGUGCUGUACAGACGAGGUGGGCGAGAUCUGCGUCAGUGCCCACAGCACCGGGACGUCGUACUUCGGCCUUCCGGGAAUGACCAAGAACUUGUUCGAGACCAUCCCGGUGACAGCGGCAGGGGUGCCUGUCAGUGACCGGCCCUUCACUCGAACCUCUCUUCUUGGAUUCGUGGGGCCGGACAGUCUGCUGUUUGUGGUGGGCAAGAUUGACGGGCAGAUGGUGGUGAGUGGGCGGAGACACAACGCAGAUGAUGUGGUUGCCACGGCGCUGGCAGUGGAGCCCAUGAAGUUUGUGUACCGGGGAAGGAUUGCGGUGUUCUCUGUCUCGGUUCUUCAUGACGAGCGGAUCGUAGUGGUGGCGGAGCAGCGCCCAGACGCCUCGGAGGAGGACAGCUUCCAGUGGAUGAGCCGAGUGCUCCAGGCCAUUGACAGUAUCCACCAGGUGGGGGUGUAUUGCCUGGCCCUGGUUUCUGCCAACUCGCUGCCCAAGGCCGCGCUGGGGGGCAUCCACGUCUCAGAGACCAAACAGCGCUUCCUGGAAGGAGCCCUGCACCCCUGCACCGUGCUCAUGUGCCCCCACACCUGCAUCACCAACCUGCCCAAACCCCGGCAGAAGCAGCCAGAGGUGGGUCCUGCCUCGAUGAUCGUGGGGAACCUUGUUGCUGGGAAGCGAAUUGCUCAGGCCUGCGGGAGAGACGUGGCCCAGCUGGAGGACAAUGACCAGUUCCUCUACAUGCAGGAUGUGCUGCAGUGGAGGGCUCAGGCCACACCUGAUCACCCCCUCUUCCUGCUGCUGAACGCAAAGGGUGCUGUGGCCAGCUCCGCCUCCUGCCUGCAGCUGCACAAGCGGGCGGAGCGUGUUGCCGUGGCACUAAUGGAGAAGGGCAGGCUCAACACAGGGGACCAUGUGGCUCUGGUGUAUCCUCCAGGUAUCGACCUCAUCGCCACCUUCUACGGCUGUCUGUACGCGGGCUGCGUUCCUGUGACUGUGAGACCCCCCCACCCUCAAAACCUGGCCACCACCCUGCCCACCGUCAGGAUGAUCGUGGAGGUCAGUAAGUCGGUGUGUAUCCUGACCACACAAGCAAUAAUGAAGCUGCUCAAAUCCAAAGAAGCUGCAGCCACUGUGGAUGUCAGGUCGUGGCCCACGGUGCUGGACACAGACGACCUCCCCAGGAAGAAGGCAGCUCAGAUUUACAAGCCCCCCACCCCGGAGAUGCUGGCGUACCUGGACUUCAGCGUGUCCACUACUGGCAUCCUGGCGGGAGUGAAGAUGUCCCACGCUGCCACCAGUGCCUUGUGUCGCUCCAUUAAGCUGCAGUGUGAGCUGUACCCCUCCCGCCAAAUCGCCAUCUGCCUGGACCCGUACUGUGGCCUGGGCUUCGCCCUCUGGUGUCUCUGCAGCGUGUACUCGGGUCACCAGUCCAUCCUGGUUCCUCCGCUGGAGCUGGAGAGCAACGCCUCGCUGUGGCUGUCGGCCGUCAGCCAGUACCGGGUGCGUGCCACCUUCUGCUCCUACUCCGUCAUGGAGCUGUGCACCAAGGCACUGGGCUCGCAGACCGAGGCGCUCAGGGUGCGGAACGUGAACCUGUCGUGUGUGCGCACCUGCAUGGUGGUGGCGGAGGAACGGCCGCGGAUCUCUCUCACACAGUCCUUCACCAAAAUCUUCAAAGACCUGGGCCUGUCACCGCGUGCCGUCAGCGCCACCUUCGGCUGCCGUGUCAACGUGGCUGUGUGCCUGCAGCCCAACAGGUUGGGGAAGCUGGCUGAGCAGGGAACUGCUGGACCAGAUCCAACCACUGUCUACCUGGACACGAGGGCCCUGAGACACGGCAGGGUACGUCUGGUGGAGAGGGGGUCUCCACACAGCCUGCCGCUAAUGGAGUCUGGAAAGAUCCUGCCUGGGGUGAAGCUGAUUAUCGCCAACACCGCGACCAAAGGGCCACUGGGAGAUUCACACCUGGGGGAGAUCUGGGUGAGCAGCCCCCAUAAUGCCUCUGGCUACUACACGGUGUACGGGGAGGAGGUGCUGCACGCCGACCACUUCAGCACCCGGCUGAGUUUUGGGGACACGCAGACGCUGUGGGCGCGCACCGGGUACCUGGGCUUCCUGCGGCGCACCGAGCUGACAGACGCCAGCGGGGAGCGGCACGACGCGCUGUAUGUGGUAGGCUCCCUGGAUGAGACGCUGGAGCUGAGGGGCAUGCGCUACCACCCCAUCGACAUCGAAACGUCCGUCAUCCGCGCGCACAAGAGCAUCGCCGAGUGCGCGGUGUUCACCUGGACCAACCUGCUGGUGGUGGUGGUGGAGCUGGAGGGCCCGGAGCAGGAGGCGCUGGACCUGGUGCCGCUGGUGACUAGCGUGGUGCUGGAGGAGCACUACCUGAUCGUGGGCGUGGUGGUGGUGGUGGACCCCGGCGUGAUCCCCAUCAACUCCCGCGGCGAGAAGCAGCGUAUGCACCUGCGCGAUGGCUUCCUGGCCGACCAGCUGGACCCUGUCUACGUGGCCUACAACAUGUGA